CGGACUUGCCUAUAGGCUGAUGGACUUGUCACAUUUGAACUAAUUUCUUCCGUAUCGGAAACUGAAGACGCAAGACAAGACAAUCUUUAACAAUUGGUAAAGUUGAUGUUGGAGUUUACAAAGGCAUUGAAAAGACAUAUGAAGCUCCUGUCCCCUGCCCACAGGAGGCCCAGAUGAACAUGGAGAGCCUGAGCAAGCCAGAGCUGCUGAUGCUCUUCAGCGUCCUGGAGGGAGAGCUGGAGGCUCGUGACCUGGUCAUCGAGGCCCUCAGGGCCCAGUGCAGAGACACAUAUGUGGAGAAGCGCUAUGGGAAGUACAACCUGAGCGACCCGUUCCUGGCUCUGCAGAGGGACAGUGAGGUGUUGGGGGGGCAGAGCCCUGGGGUCCACCAGGCUUCAGCCUGCUCUAGCCCCCUGGCUGUGCUCAAGCAGGUGGUCACCCACUGCAGGAGGAUGCAGGAGAAGAUGCUGGCCCAGCUAGCUGCAGCCGAGAGCAGGCACAAGACGGUCAUUGCAGAUCUGGAGGAGGAGAGGAGAAGGCAUGCAGAGGACACCGCCGAGGGCGACGAUGUCACUUGCAUCCUGGAAAAGGAGAGGGAACGCCUCUUGCAACAGCUGGAGUUUGAGCGGGGCCAGGUGCGUCGUCUGGAGAAGGAACAGAAGAAGGUCCUGGAGCAGCUGGAGGAGGAGCGGGUGCAGCACAAGCAGCUCUCCUCUGCCCUGGCCAAGGAGUGCAAGUGGGCCAGCCAGCGGGCCCUGGAGGUGGACCACCGCCUGGCUGACGCAAGCCGUAGGCUGGAGAAGGAGCAGGGGGAGAUCUUGGCCCUGAGGGCUGAGCUGCAGAAGGAGAGGAGGAGGGCCCUGCAGAUGGAGGCCAGGGUGGAGGAGCGUCUGGCUGAGUUUGACACGGAGAAGGAGCAGCUCCGCUCUCGGCUCAAGAGGGAGGAGGCCCAGUGCUGCCUGCUGCAGGAGCAGGUGGAGGCGCUGAGGAGAGAGCUUCAGGGAGAGAGGGGAGCUGAGGAGGAGGAUGAGAGGAGAGACUCUCCUGUGGACACCAGUGGAGGGUCACCACUACUACGACCACCACCACACUCCAGCCAGGCAGAGGGGGGUGAAGAGCCUAAGGUCAACGGGCACGACUGCCUUAGGGAGGACGCCCUUCCAGACAGACUGGGCCUAGACAACCGGAGUGAGAACAGCAGCCCUGUCCUGCUGUCCCCUGCCCUCCUGAACCAGAGCCUGUCCCCCUGCAGCACGGGGUCCUCCUCCCUCACCUCCUCCCCGUGCUCCUCUCCUCAGCUGGCUAAACGGCUGGACCUGGCCACCAGUCCCAGCUACCAGUCCUCCUACCAGGCAGGCAUAAACCAGCGCUUCCACGCUGCUCGCCACAAGUUCCAGGGCCACACUGAUCCAGAGCAGCAACAGCAGGAUGGAAGAGGAGGUGGCAGCCUGCCCCACUCCCCUAGAGACCUGUCCCCGUCCCCUGAGUGCAUCCCCGUCCCUGUCCCCAGCCCGGCCAAGCAGCUGGCCCGCAGCACCGUCACCCACGUCCUGUCCCGCUUCACAGUCCAGCAGGGGGCCAAACCUCCGCCACCUAACAGCUCUCCCUUCGGCACUGACUACCGUAACCUGGCCCUGACCCCCUCCUCCCCUGUCAUCCCCAGGGCCUCUGGUGCUGCUCUGCCUCUGGGGGUCUGCUCCCCAACCAUCCCCCGAGCAGACAGGGGCAACCCGCCCCCCAUCCCCUCUAAGAAACCUGGCCUGGCCCAGUCUCCAGCGCCAUCCAUCCCUGGUACCAGAGCCAGCCACUUUCCUGAGCUGUCAGGAAGCUGUGGUCUCACCAGCAGCCAGGAGAAUGUUAAAGAGCUGGACAUGGUGGUUUCCUCCAUCAGUUAGCCUAGCCUCCUACUGAGUGCUACUAGAGCUGUGUUCUUUUAUACCGCUCACACGUUUGUAUGCUGAGGCACGCUCUAAAACACUGUCAAGUUAACUGUAUUUAUUUGAUUUUUGACAUGCAUUCUGCUUCAUUUUUCUUGUAGUACUAUAGAUGUAUUUGUAUUUAUACAUUUUGGGUUUGUUGAUAAUAUAAUAUAAGAAGAAUAAGCAGUAAUAAAGAGUAAUGGGCCAACAUGCAUGUUAGUUGCUGGGUACUUUUCAAAAUGUUGCUAAGAAAAGCAUGUUAUGUCAUGGGACAAUCAAAUGUCUCUACUUAUAAUGCAGCUUUUGAAUUUGAGUUAGGAAAUAAGCAUAUCUCUAAAUCAAGAUUGGGAUUUAGCCUAAUACUGAACAAAAUAAGAGAGCUUAUCUUAAACUGCAGAGUUUAAUACUGAAACUAGGCUGCUUACAAACACAUUAUUAUAAUGUUGUAUUUCCUAAAAUGGCACAUGAUUAUAAAAUUCCAUAUCUUCAAGGCGUAAUAAGUUGGCAGUAUUCUGUGUAUGUGCAGUAUUCUGUGUAUGUGCAGUAUUCUGUGUAUAUGCAGUAUUAUUAAUACUAUUAUGUAUUAUGUGUAGUGUAACUACUAUGAAAAUAUAUUAUAUUUGCUCUCAUACCAAUCGUCUGGUCAAACAUUUAGAAUGUAUAUUUUUACACGUCAUGAGCACAAUAUAUCUAUUUUACACCCGCAUAUUGGUUUGUCAUAUACAGUUGAAGUCGGAAGCUUACAUACACUUAGGUUGGAGUCAUUAAAACUCGUUUUUCAACCACUCC